UCAGAAAGUUGCAGCCGCAGCCCGGGCUGCCUCCAAAAAUCUUGGGGUCCCCCCUCGCCCCCCAGUUUCUGCAGUUUUGGGGCUUCCUUUGUCCACCGGGACCGGGCUCGGGACCGGCUCGUGGGAGCGCGUCUAGGCCGGCCGGGCGGCUUCACUUUUCUGGACUCACCCCAUUGUUUCGGGACUCGAGAGGAAUUCGGGACCCCGGCCAUGGAGCUCUGGCUGCUUUGUCUCUGGAUUCCCCUCACUCAGGCGGUGGAGGAGACCCUGCUGAACACCUGGCUGGAGACGUCGGAUCUCAAGUGGACGACGUACCCCCAAACGGACGGCCAGUGGGAGGAGCUGAGCGGGCUGGACGAGGAGCGGCAGCGCUCGGUGCGCACCUUCGAGGUGUGCGCGGUGGAGGGGCCGGGCCGGGAGGCCUGGCUGCGCAGCGGCUUCGUGCCGCGCCGGGGGGCGACCCACGUCUACGCCGAGCUGCGCUACACGGUGGUGGAGUGUUUCUCCCUCCCGCGCCCGGCCCGGGCCUGCAAGGAGACCUUCAACGUCUUCUUCUACGAGGCCGAGCGGGACCUGGCCACGGCCACCGAGCCGCCCUGGCUGGAGAACCCCUGGGUCAAGGUGGACACGGUGGCGGCCGAGCACCUGACCCGCAAGCGGCCGGGGGCCGAGGCCAGCGGCAAGGUGAACGUCAAGACCCUGCGGCUCGGGCCGCUGAGCAAAGCCGGCUUCUACGUGGCCUUCCAGGACCAGGGGGCCUGCAUGGCGCUGCUGGGGGUCCGGCUCUACUUCAAGAAGUGCCCCGGGGCCGUGGCCCGGCUGGCCGCCUUCCCCGCGACGGUGCCCCGGGAGCUGGUGACGCCCGUGGCCGGCGCCUGCGUGGCCGGGGCCGAGCCCGAGGGCCCCGGGCCCCUCAGCAUGUACUGCCGGGAGGACGGGCGCUGGGCCGAGCACGCGCCCGCCGGCUGCGUCUGCCUGGCCGGGCGCGAGGCCGCCGAGGGGAACACGCAGUGCCGAGCCUGUGUCCCCGACACCUUCAAGGCCGCGCAGGGUGAGGGGCUCUGCCAGCCCUGCCCCCCCUACAGCUAUUCCUCAGCGCCCGGCGCCUCCAUCUGCUCCUGCCGCAAUGGGUACUUCCGCGCCAGCGCCGACCCCCCCGGCUCCCCCUGCACCACGACCCCCUCGGCCCCGCGCAGCAUCGUGC